UCCGGAAGUACAGCGGGCUCGCGGGUUUGUUUUGAUGUCAUUAAAACGCGCUAUGGCGUGUCGGGCUCGCGCCUUAUUUAUUUAAACCAAGUUGUCAGCCCCCUAUUAAUUAGUCUUUUUCGGUCAUGCUUCAUUUUAUUUCGGCGAUAGACCCCGAGAAGUACACGUAACAAUAAUAACUCAAGAAAGAAGCGCACAUUUUCGAAGCAGAAGAAGCCUAUAAUGAAGAAUAGACCAACAUUUUUAGCCAUACACCCGACAAGCUGAAUUCAAUGAUCAGUCGUUAAACAUCAAUUAUGGAUUUUACAGCUCUUGAACUCGAUGCUGUUAAAUUUGCCAAAUCAGCUGUACUGCACGACCAGCAGGGAAAAUACAAUGAAGCCGUUUUUUUCUACAAGGAGGCUGCCCAAGCUCUCAUCUAUGCAGGUAUGGCUGGAUCCAAACUAGAGAACAUUCAAGACAAGGUGAACGAGUACCUGGACAGAGUACAGACUCUACUCAGCGCUGUUCAAGCACAGAGCAGUGACCCUCUGAAGAGCAAGCAUCAGUUGGAUCUCGAGAGGUCAUACUUCCUGGUGACACAGGCUUUUGAAGAGGAUGAGAAGGAAAACACUGAUGAAGCUAUUGAGCUCUACACUCAGGCUGUGGAGUUGUGUAUUCAAGCAACCAAUGAGACGUCAGAUCAAGCACUACAGGGCAAACUGAAGCAGCUUGCUCGGCAGGCACUGGACAGGGCAGAGGGAUUGAAAGAUUCUCUUAGUAAACCUGCAAACCAGGACAAGCCCAUUUCAUCCGCACCCAAAGUCCCUGAUCAAGUGAGGCAGUUCCUGCCACUAGGCCCAGACUUCUCCCUGCAUGACAAAGCUCAGUCGAUUCGAGCAGUGCAGUCCUGUGAACCGCAGGGGCAACGCUACACAACGGAGGAGAUAGAGGUGCUCAGGAAAACCUCCAAGAUAAAUGGAAUUGAAUAUGUUCCAUUCAUGAGUGUUGACCUGAGGGAACGUUUCGCUUUUCCUGUUCCGUUCUCCGACAAAUGUGGAAAACUGGCUCUGUCGCCGAAGCAGAAAGCCAUAUUCUCACGCUGGGUUCGGCCAAAUGACAUCUGCAAUAACCCCACCAUGAUCUUCACUGUGUCCAGCUUCAGCAUCAAGCAGACGGUUGUGUCAGACUGUUCCUUCGUUGCCUCAUUGGCCAUUAGCGCAGCAUAUGAGAGACGCUACAACAAAAAGUUAAUCACAAGUAUCAUCUACCCACAGAACAGGAAAGGAGAGCCAGAAUAUAACCCCUGUGGGAAGUACAUGGUGAAGCUACACAUUAAUGGCGUCCAAAGGAAGGUGAUCAUUGAUGAUUUCCUCCCGGUGGAUCGUAACGGCGAGCUGCUGUGCUCUUACUCCAGUAAUCGCAAUGAACUUUGGGUAUCACUUAUCGAGAAGGCAUACAUGAAGGUCAUGGGAGGAUAUGACUUUCCUGGCUCCAACUCUAAUAUUGAUUUGCACGCACUCACAGGCUGGAUCCCAGAACGUAUCGCCAUGCACUCAGACAAUCAGUCCUUUAACAAAGACGACACUUUCCGCAUGCUUUUCCAGAGGUUUCACAGAGGAGAUGUUCUCAUCACCACAGCAACAGGGGUCAUGACUGAGGAGGAGGGGGAGAGGUGGGGCUUAGUGCCCACACAUGCAUAUGCUGUCCUAGACAUCAGAGAACACAAGGGUAAACGCUUCCUCCAACUGAAGAACCCGUGGAGUCAUCUCAGAUGGAAAGGUCGCUAUAGUGAACGUGACGAAAAGAACUGGACACCAGAUCUUCUGAAAUACCUCAAUUUUGACCCUAAAACAGCACAGAAGUUUGACAACGGGGUAUUUUGGAUCAUCUGGGAAGACCUGUGCCAGUAUUAUGAUGUCAUCUACCUGAGCUGGAAUCCAACUCUGUUCAAAGAAUCCUCAUGUAUCCACAGUAGCUGGGAUGGGAAACAAGGACCAGUGAAGGAUGUCUACAGCUUAGCCAAUAAUCCUCAGUACAAACUGGAGGUGAACUGUCCUCAAGGGGGCACUGCUGUAUGGGUGCUACUCACAAGACAUAUCACUGACAAGGAUGACUUUGCUCAAAACCGGGAGUUUAUCACUUUAGUCGUUUACAAGACUGAUGGAAAGAAAGUGUAUUAUCCAGCUGAGCCUCCACCCUACAUUGAUGGCAUCAGGAUCAACAGCCCUCACUACCUGACCAAAAUCAAACUGGCAAGUCCUGGAACUCACACUUUUACACUGGUUGUCUCUCAGUAUGAAAAACAAAACACCAUCAACUACACACUAAGGGUCUACUCAGUGUGCAAGUUAAAUUUCUCCAAAAUUCCAACGCCCUUCAUCCACACCAAAAGAAUAAAUGGCCAGUGGAAGGGUGCCAGUGCCGGGGGUUGUGGAAAUUAUAGAGAUACCUACAAGAACAACCCCAUAUACCAGUUUAACCUGGAGAAAUCAGGCCCUCUGCUCAUUGAACUUCGUGGCUCAAGGCAGUACAGUGUGGGCUUUGAGGUGGUGACCGUAUCUACAGCGGGGGAUCCUGGAUCCUCAGGUUCUCAAAAGAGAGGCAGCGGAGAUUACAGAUGUGGUUUCUGUUAUAUGGAGGUGGAGUUCCUCCCUGCUGGCAUUUACAAUGUCAUCCCCACCACCUUCCUGCCCAAACAGGAAGGCCCGUUUUUCCUGGACAUCAGCAGUGUAACUCCACUGCGGGUAUCUCAGCUACAAUAAGGACACGAUCCUACUGAAAAAUUGCCUGUAUCAGCAGCCAACAAGUUUAAGAGCCGCCCUCCUGAGGAUGCUUUAGCACUCAUCUCUCCCUAAGGCAUGGACAUGCUUGUUUACAAAAACAAAUGUGCACGACCCACAGAUGGUACCUGACAGUGCCAUAUGCCAUAUUUUUCAUGACUGCUCUGACUCCUGUGCUGUUGCAGUGCCAUGCUUGGAGGAAGUGUGUUCAAUCAGCCAAAAGCACACUCCUCUAAGACCUGCGGUCCAAAGUUACAAUCAGAGAGGAUGGUGAGAGUACACUAAACCUUUUACUCAGGAGACUGCAAUACAAAAGGGACUUCACAUCAUUGUAUGUUAAUGAUGUCUACUGGAAGAGUAGCAAAAGAUCAGAGGAGUCUGUGUUGUGCACAGAUUUCUCUGUCACCAUACUAAGGGCUCUUCUUCUGGUCUGUCAAGUGAUGUCAAGGUAGAAUGAAUUUUAGAGGGCUUCUCUCUUCUGUGGGCACCGAAUCAGUGUGCUUUUAUCGAAGAAUGUAUACACAUCCAUCUGGUGCACCCAUAAGCAUGUUGGUCAAAUUAUAUUCUGCUAUAGAAAUGUUAUUGGGUUUUUUUUUUUUUUUUCAUUAUGUGUAACAAAAUAAAAGCCCAAAUUGUUUGUCACUAUCUACCAGCACAGUACUGUAUGUCUUCAGAUGAUGGUGAUGAACUGGAAGUUUGCACAUUGUAAAUGGACACGUGAUUGUUGAGGAUGUUCCUUUUUGGGGCUUGUGCAAAUGAUUGUUGAAGUUCUUCCUCUUCACAUGCUUUUUGGUUGUCAUUCAUAUGCUAAAAUAUAUUUAUUGAGAUUAAAAUAUAGGUGUAUGUGUUAUCAGGCAUUUUCCCACCACAAUUACCUCAUUAGGAGUCAUAGGGCUGAGCAGCAUUAUACUGAAAAUUCACACGUUACAUGUAACACGUUAUACUGAAAUUCCUGAUGUCAUAACUAAAAUUUGUAAACAUGACAAUGUGGCAAGCUGAUUCGCUCUUAUGCAUUGUUUAGUGACAUCAUGGCUGGAGAGUCACUAUUAAUCGGCACUCAUAAAGUGUUCAUUUUAAAUCAAAUUCAGAACCCAAAGAGACUCAUUUAUUGUAUUUCAUACAUCAUAUAACCAUGUAAUUAAAAGAGAGAAGCGAGGAGAGAAGGGUGAUCUGAGAUCUUAAAGAAAUAGUCCAGGUUAAAUACAAGUUUAGCUAAAACAAAACAUGUGUACACAAAAAAAGUAGUGUGUGUACACUGAAAUGCACUUACAAUAGAAGUCUAUGGAACCCAUUAUGGAACAAAUUAUUUUCUGUGGUAAUCGACAGCAUGCCACAGAUGUUAUUGAUAGAGCUUUAUUAUUUAAAAAAAUUGAUAGAGCUUUAUUAUUUAAAAAAAUAUUCCGGGUUCAAUACAUCUCAAGAUCAGUCAAACAAUGCUUGUGGCAUAAUGUUAAUUACCAUGAAAAAUAAUGUUGAUUUGGGCCUUCUAGGUUACAGUGAGGCACUUAAAAUUGAAGUGAAUGGGGACAAUGUUUGGAGAGUUUAAAUGCAGAAAUGUGAAACUUAUAAUUUUAUAUAAGCAACUACAUUAAUUCUUCUGUCAAAUCUCAUGCAUCAUUUGAGCAUUAAAGUAAUUUUUACAAUCGUUUUAGGGUUUGUUGACAUUACAUUGUCAUGACAACGAAGUUGUAAAA